CUCUUAACCCCCUUAGCGGUUUUCCCGAGUGUAGCUCGGGGUAAAAUUUCAGUACCAAGAGCGGUAACCCCGAGCUACACUCGGGCUUACCAUGUGGCGUUCUCCGGGGGUCCCUGCAGCACUUACCUUGUCCUUCACUCCCGUGAUGUGUCCCCUGCAGUGUCCCCGUCCAUCUCCUCCGGCCGAUGCCGGCAUCCGGCUUCCAUGUUCCGGUCCCUGCGACGUCGGGACGUACGGGCGCCGGAACCGGCGGGAAAUUUAAAAUUUUUAAAAAAUGAAAUUUGAAAUUUUUAAAAAAUGUCAUUUUUGCUGUCCAUUGCUGUUUCAAUGCAUUUCACAUAUAU